AGAUGAAGUUCCGCAAUGUACGUGUGGUUGUGAUCGUGACGUUCGCUUUUUGGUGAAUAUCUUGUGCGUCCCCCUUGAAGGAGCGAUGAUCAGCAGUUCUGUGAAUGGCGUGAGAUACAGUAGUGUCUUGGUAUGGAUGUGGUGGCAGUUUGGAGGUUGUUUGGGUGAUGCAGAAGCGUUGAGAAGUGAAAUGUGUUUGGCCGGGAGGGAGUGAUUUGCUUUUAUGAACGGAGAGGUGUUACGUGGCGAGGAGGCGAGACAGUGAUCGACGGCAAGAGGUGAGAUGCGGCACGGGGGCCACACAAAUGCAUGAGGCGUGAGGCGCGGCUGUGGACAUGCGAUCAGACGAGGACCUGGAGCUUCCUGAAGGACGAAGCAAAUGAGGUGAGGAUUCAGCCGCAGCCUGCCGCUCCCAGCCCACACCUGCAUCUCACUACUGGCCAGGAACACGUCCCAGACCAAGACGAGGAGCACGUCUAUUACGAAAUCCAGCUUGAUCUCUCAGAACGCCGAGUGGUGGUGCCGCGACCUACACGGGACUCAGAGGAGCCCGUUUACGAUGAAGUAAUGGCUGAACGCAGCGUGUGGCCUCACUCAGCUUUGUACGAAAAUGUACCUCUUCCAAGCGGUGGUGCUUCCCAUCACAGGCUCACGGAGGCUCAAAGACUCAGUGAGUCACACAUUUACGACACGGUGGUGUAGGCAACGUGCACUGCAGUCAGAGGCUGUAAGGAAGCCAGUCUCUGUGUUUUCUGAAGGAGCACCACAGCGCUAGCUUGUCACUCAAGUGUCUGUCAAUGAUGUGUUGAUUUGCUUAACUUGGUUUGUUUUAACCAAACCUAUCUUUGUUUAUGGCUUUGUCCAAGAGUGGCCUUGGUUGACUGGUGCAGCCAGUGACCAGUGUGCACUACCUGCUGGGCGCCGGGCCAGUGUGCACUCCCUGCUGGGGCGCCGGGCCAGUGUGCAAUCCCUGCUGGGGCGCCGAGCCAGUGUGCACUCCCUGCUGGGGCGCCGGGCCAGUGUGCACUCCCUGCUAGGACGCCGGGCCAGAAUGCACUCCCUGCUGGGGCGCCGGGCCAGUGUGCACUCCCUGCUGGGGCGCCGGGCCAGUGUGCACUCCUUGCUGGGGCGCCGGGCCAGUGUGCACUCCCUGCUGGGGCGCCGGGCCAGUGUGCACUACCUGCUGUGGCACGGGGGCAGUGUGCACUACCCUGUUGAAAUGAUUUGCAUAGUAUUAAUUAAUUUAGCCAUUCUUUCAUUAUUGUUGUAGACUGGCUCUGUGUUGCAAUGCCAUUGUAAUAAACACUGAAGCUGC